UCACUUCCAGAACAUGGCUUUAAAACGCACUCUCCUCACAGUGGCAGACACAGCGUCUCCCUUCCUACAGCGGCACAUUUAAACACACAGCAGACAGAGAAGGAAGACAAGGAGGACAGAGGCAACUCAGACUGACAAAGAGACGACGACAUAACUACGUUAUAGUUCACAACAUUAGUUACCAGCAAGGUCUUGUAGUUUUAUUUUACUGCAACUCCACAAUGAAGACGAGCAUCAGAAUGUUGGCCAGUCUUGUUGCAUUGGUUCUGUUCUGCCUGACCAUCACUGAGGGGAUGAGUCUUAGCGGAGUCUCGGUUGAGCCACGAUGUCGCUGCAUUAAGACAGAGAGCAGGCGUAUUGGUAAUUUAAUUGCAAAGGUGGAGAUUUUCCCACCCAGCCCACACUGCAAAGACACUGAGAUCAUAGCCACUCUAAAGACCCACGAGGAUAUUUGUCUGGAUCCCAAUGCUCCCUGGGUCAAAAGAUUCAUUGACAAGAUGCUGGCCAAAAAAAACUGAAGAGAUUCAUUGAGAUUCAUUCCAAGAAUACUCGGGCAUUCUGAACUAUUCUGAACUUCUUCAAGAUACAGACCAAAGAAGUAUUUAUUGAUUUAUUUUAGUCAGUUCUGCAAUGUUUUUAUACAGGUCCUGACAUAGAGUGGGAACUAAAAUUCUUUAUUCAUUAUUUUUCUGAAAUAAGAGACAGUCAGUUUCUUAUAUUGAAUAGGUACUAUGUACUUACUAUUUAUUGAUAGUGCUUGACAGUGCUUUCGUUGUUAAUUAUUAUGACAUUUACAUGCGUAUAUGAUCAAUCAAAAUAUUUCCUGGAAAGCAAUAUAAUCCUCUGCAUAUUUAUUGAUGUAUUUAUGUGUUACCUAUUUAUGUUCUAUGUUUGAUACCUAUGUUCAACUGUUCAUU